AUGCAGGCAUCUUGCCAUGGUGUGCAACGGAAGCAAACCGGCGUCCGGUUACUGCUGACUGCCGCCAGACUGUCAACUUCAAAGACCGCGACGGCAACGACGACUUCAGCAUGCCGCCAUCGACACCAAUGUCGACAUUUCGCGUGCAGCUCCUUCAAAUGCACCGGUCCCACAGACACUAAUACUACGUAUGGGCCGCCCAGAGCUGGCUCUCGGCCCACCACACGAUGGACCGCCACAGCGGAGACGAGGGAUGGUCGAGGAUCAGUGACGGCAUCGGGGCUUCGCUCGAUCUCGUGCCCAGAACGACAUCAUAGGAGAUUCUCUUGCACCGAAAAGGUCCGCGAGCCCGAGAGGAAGUUUAGCAAGGCUAUCCAGACAUCUCUCGAAAUGGCUGACACUGAGUUAAUACCGGGCGACAUUGGAUCGUGGAAGCGCCUAUUUUCUUUGAUGGAAGAGAAGCAUGGGCAGGAUGGGACCUGGGCAUGCUUCGGAUUCGUCCGCGAGCGACACCAGGUACACCUUAUUCUCCUUCCGGCCGGCAGCGGGAUGCGCGACGCCAUUAUCGAUGCGGCGGUGCAGAGCGACAGCAGGCUGGAGACUGUGCUGGAGCUGGCCAUACGGCUGCAGCCCUUCUCGCGCGAGUGGCCCGAGUUAUAUGCCAAGGUUGUCCAUGCCCUGCUAAAGAGAGACGAGUUUGACAGGGCGGUUAAAUGGCACCUGCGGCUGUCGCGCCACUUCCCACCGGGACCGGACGUGCUCAGCGGACUCAUCUCCGCCUUCGUUUUCGAUCCGAGGCCCGAAAUGCGCCAGACUUUAAUCUCCAUAUACAUAUUCAGCUCUGAGCGCAGCCUCUAUGACCGUCUGGUCCCGCUCCUGUUCGAGUCCGGCCACGAACGGUUGACGCGCUACUGGCGUCGGACAAUGGUUCAGGUCGACGACAAGCCGACCUCGUCGAGGGCUUGGCACUUUAUAAACUACAUGGAUCGGUUCGGCAUCAUGCUAGCCCCAGAGGAAGAGGAAGUCAUUAAGGGCACAAUGAACCCCAGCGGCGCCAACACCGAGCAUUACGAUUACAACAACAACCCCACAGACGCCUCCACCGACCGGUCCACAUCUUCCCUGUUGCGGGGCAUCUAUCACGACGACUUUGUCGCUAAGUGGCUCGCCAGCUCAUGGCUGUCUGCGGAAUUCGCGAUCAAUCUGAUGCACAAGUUCGGCGUGUCCGUGAUUGGCACACGGUCGCUUCAGGCCCUAGCGCUCCGGGAACCUGAUGCUCGAGCCGUUGCCGCGCAGAUAGCUCGGCUCGAUGCGCUCGGCAUCCAUAGCCUCUUGCGCACAGACAUACACCCAGACGAGUUUGACGACCCGGCAACGCGCCGCAGAAUCAUGGAUGACGCCGUUGGUGCGCGGGACAUGGCACGGCAGAAACUCCUUGCGGCCGUCGAACUGGCCCUCGAGACUGACGAGAGCCCGCGACGCCUGAACAUGCUGCUGCGAAACGUCCUCAAGACACGACCGCUGGGCAAAGCCAAGCUGAUCGUGGACCGCAUGGACGCCCUGAAUGUGACCAUGUCCCAGCAUAAUGCGGCCACUCUGCUCAACAGUGCCCUGUUGGGUGUAUCAAAGCACCCCACCCGGUGGAAGCGGCAUAUCCAUCGAGGAAAGGACGACGUCGCGCUGGAUAGGGCCAUCGACAUCGUCCGUCGCAUCGCUUCGCACAAGAUCGGCAUACCGAUCCGGUACUGGGAGCUUCUCCUCUACAGCCUGGGUCGACACGGCCGCUUCGACGAACUCCUCCAGCUGUGUCUCGAGGUGGUGGAUAUUUACCACCCUCCAGGCGGCGGAUUAGCCCCAGUAUACCGUAACGAUAUGCCUCCCAGUCGGUUCGACACCAAGAAUCAUAGUAUCGCUCGCCACAGACACGACGACGAUGACGACGACGGAACAUGGCGGCCUCGUCACCCCAGCCAGGAAGAAGCGCAUAGACAACAGCCGCAGCAACAGCAGGACACGCAUUAUAUCCCCGGUGACCUACGCUUCACACAUAUCCACCACCCCAUCGGCAUACUCUUCGACACGGGAUUCCAGCGAGACAUCGUCCGAUGGGGUUUCGACGACACACUAGCCGAGCGGCCGGUGGCGGUACGCACCAGUCCCUCCCAGCUAGCCGAGCACGACAUCGCGUGCGGCGUGCGCAUUCUUGCCGCGCUGCGCGACCGCGGCGUCCCUGUCAAUCAGGCCGCAGUCAGAAACACACUCUAUACUCGCAUCAUUCUCGGGGAACUGCCCGGGCGAAGACAUCGCUCGCGAGAUAUGCAGUACGUCGAGCCAAAGUAUGUGAAGACCCUGGUUGAGAGGGCGUGGGCGCCUCCAAAGGACAAGUACAAUAGCGACAGCAAGAACAAGGAUAAGGAGAAGCCGCUAUUGCCGUCGCUUGAAGAGAUGUAUAGAGAAUUAGAGAGGUUGCGACCACGCGUUUGGAAACGAUACCCAGUUUUGUUCAGGUCUUGUUACGGAGGCGAGAUGGCAGAGGAAGAUGAGGUGGAGGUGAUGGGGGCAGCAUAUGAGGAAUGCAACAUGGAGUAA